AUGUCUGCCUCUGCUAGAAUUCCACCGAUCGUGGCCCCAUUUGUCAGUGAUAAAGCUAAAAAGACCCUUGAUCUUGUAGAGGAAUUUGUCGAGAAAGAAUGUAUUCCAGCAGAUGCACUCUUCCAGGCACAGCUCGGUCAUGGUGAGCAAAGAUGGAAGCGCACACCCGCAAUCAUCGAGGAGCUUAAGGUAAAGGCACGGAAGCUCGGACUAUGGAACAUGUUCUUGCCCAAAAACCAUUUCAAAGAGGGCGCCGGAUUCAGCAAUCUGGAAUAUGGAUUGAUGGCAGAGAUCCUUGGAAAGAGUCGCGUUGCUAGUGAGGUUACCAAUAAUGCUGCUCCUGAUACUGGUAAUAUGGAAGUCCUCGCAAAAUACGGAAAUGAUGCACAGAAGAAGCAAUGGCUGGAACCUUUACUGGAGGGAAAGAUUCGCUCCGCUUUUCUUAUGACAGAACCGGAAAUCGCUUCCAGCGAUGCUACAAAUAUCCAGCUCAGCAUUAGACGGGAGGGUAAUGAAUACGUCCUCAAUGGCCAGAAAUGGUGGUCAUCUGGCGCCGGAGACCCAAGGUGCAAAAUCUACGUUGUCAUGGGCAAGAGUGACCCUAACAACCCAGACACAUAUAAGCAACAAUCCGUUAUCCUUGUCCCAGCAGAGACUCCCGGAAUUACUGUCCACCGCAUGUUGAGUGUCUACGGGUACGACGAUGCUCCUCACGGCCACGGCCAAAUCAGCUUUAAGAAUGUCCGCGUACCAGCCAGCAACAUGGUUUUGGGUGAAGGCCGUGGGUUUGAAAUCAUUCAAGGCCGCCUUGGCCCUGGCCGUAUUCACCAUGCUAUGAGAGCUCUCGGCUCCGCCGAAAAGGCUCUUGAAUGGAUGAUUGUUCGUGCUAACGACGAAAAGAAAAAGCCCUUCGGUGCCAAACUCUCCUCUCACGGUGUCAUCCUUGAAUGGAUUGCUCGUUCUCGUAUUGAAAUCGAUUCGGCCCGUCUCGUUGUUCUCAACGCUGCCGUGGCCAUUGAUAAUGCAAAUGCCAAGGCGGCCUUAAAAGAGAUCGCCGAAGCUAAGGUGCUUGUACCGCAGGUUGCCCUGGCUGUCAUUGAUCGUGCUGUUCAAGCCUAUGGUGGAAUGGGUGUGUGCCAGGAUACACCUUUGGCGGCUAUGUGGGCUCAUACUCGUACAUUGAGGCUUGCCGAUGGCCCUGAUGAAGUACAUCUCCAGCAAAUGGGUAAACGGGAAAAUAAGACUCGUGAGAAGGGGGCCACAGCCAAAUUGGCAUGGCAAAAGCAGGAGACUGAGCGGUUAUUGCUAUCCAAUGGCUUUAAUACCAAAGCUCAGCUGUAA